GUUCAUGGACUACUCAGUAUGCUGCUACAUCAUGUGCAGAUGCAUAUGUUAGCCUUGUAUAUGAUCUUUUUCACCCAUGUGUAGUGUCACUUCAAGUUCUUAUAGAGGUUUCGCAUGAUCCUCUUCCAAAGCAUCCACAAUUGACCCUAAAUGACU